GAAAUGAGUUCAAACGAAAAAUUAAAGGCUUCAAUCCCAAGAAAUAAAACCGUUUUAUUGGAAGAUUUGAGUGCUGUGUGUCGAACUUGUUUUAUAGAAAAACCAAAUCUUGAUACUGAACUAUACAGGAUCGACGAAAUUUUUUUAGAAGAAAAUCCAAAUAAUGCACAGGUGCAAUCAUUUGAAGAAAUUCUUUGUUUGUUUGUGGAUGAUCAGAUUGGGAAAGACAACUCAAGGAUGCCACAUAGCAUUUGCAUGUCUUGUGUUGAAAAAGCACGCGCUGCUUAUCAGUUCUUUGAAAUGUGCCGUCAAACAGAUAUUACGUUGAGAGAAUUUUUCUUGGAUAAUGAAGCUAAUGCAUUAGAAGAGGAAGAUAAGAAAACAAUUUUCACGACCGAAGCAGGAGAAAAAACAGAGUACUCAAUUGAAGUGGUUGUAGUUGAGGAUGCAACUGCACAAUCCGAAAGUAAGUGUGCCGAAAGUACUGAAAAAUCUAGAAAAAGAAAUGUAUGUGAAAUUUGCUGUAAAUCAUUUAGCCAACCGCAAACGCUAAAUCGCCAUAAGAAAAUUCACACCAAGGAUAGCCAACCGGGAAAGUCUUGCGAGUAUUGCAAACGAGUUUUCCUUCGUUCGGACGACUUACGCAGACACAUACGAACACAUACAAAUGAACGACCUUAUGUUUGUGAUAUGUGUCCUAAAGCAUUUAAACAAUCCAACGAACUGAAGGACCAUAAAACCUCAGCACAUCCAGAAACCGGACCUCGAAAGCAGUUUUCUUGCACGAUAUGUGGAAAGCAGCUUGGUACUAGAAAUGGUUGGUAUGUGCAUAUGAAAGUGCAUCGUGGAGAAAAAAAUCAUAGCUGUUUAUUCUGUGAAAAACGAUUUGUCACGUCCGGGGAACUUUCGUCGCAUUUAAAGCAUAUUCAUACUUUUGAAGUCAACGCAGAAAUGCUGCCAUGUCGUAUUGACGGGUGCGUAAAGAACUUUGUCACUAAAUCAGCAUUACGUUUACAUCAAAGUAAAAAACAUAACGUUCCAAAAUAGCCAGCCAAUUGUACCUUGUAAGUAUUAAAAACUUGGUUGCUCAUAUUUCACCACAGAAAUGUUUUUUAAA